CGCAGACUUCUCUGUACCCUGACAAUGUUGUCCAUGACAUGGUCCCGUGUGGCAGUGGGCGCGAUUGCCGGCGCGGCUAUGGUGGGGGCCGCCGGUUACCGCAGGAAGGUGUCGGCCAUGCCUAACUGGAAGGAGCGGGCUAGAGAGGAGGCCUUCAGGCGCGCCUUCAACAAUCCGCCGUCCAACUACCACGGAGAGUUGUUCGAGCCAACCUUAGUCUUCCCAAAGAAGACGCCGCCGGAAGACUACAGGGAGCUACCGUUCAUGCGGGUCGACUUCAGGCAGGAGCCUGAGAAGUACAUGCAGGCUGUCAUCGACUACUGCUUCGAAGGGAACACCGAGUGCGACUUCCGCGUGCAGAACAACAAGGUUCGCCCCUGGUACAGCGCGCCGUGGCUGGCCACCCGGUAUUUUGGGCGGGAACCUAUCCACGGCAUGACCAUGGAGAGGCCUGCUGAGCCUGGAUACCUCGCUACAACCGACAAACGAUGGAUUCAAACUUGGUCCGUGGGCUUCUACAACGCUUACGGGGGCUACACUAUCGGCCGAUUCUGGAAAGAUCCGGGGAAGCCAACACUCACUGAGAACGUCACUUUCCCUCCCGGCACGGUCGCGUUCAAACUCCUGUUCACCGAGGCGACAGAAAGGGACAUCCCCGCCCUGAAAGGGGCCAAGGUAUGGGAGGCAGCGAUCGCUAUGCCGACUUCCCCCAUUCCGCCGACGGCGUCCCAACAGGAAGCGCGCACACUCCUGGCGAACGUCUUGAACUGCACCGACAGGGGUCCCAACCCUUACCCACUCCGGCUUAUCCAGGUAGACGUCAUGGUCAGGGACCCAAGAUCUAACAUAGGUUGGCUGUUCGGAUCUUUCAUGUAUAACAAGGACCAGCCCUACGACACCGCCGCCCAUCCCGGUGAGGCCGAAUGGCGGCGGCUGGUGCCCGUGUCCCUGCAGUGGGGGAACGAUCCCGACCUCACCCCGGAAAUGUACCACGGCUUUGGCAAAAGGCCUGAAGAGAGUUGGACCAGCCCAAGAGUGAAAGAACUCAAACUCCUCCCAAAGGGCCGCCCCUACCUUGGCUAUCUGGACCGAACCAACGGCAUUGUGGACAGCUUCAUCUCGUGCUGCGCAUCGUGCCACUCCACCUCCUCCAUCCCGGCACCCAAGGCGGCACCCAAGCCCCCGGACACCCCCCAAGACACGCCCGACACGAUGACGUGGUUCCGGAAUGUCCAGGCAGGCCAGCCGUUCAAGGACGGAGUGUUGUCCCUGGAUUACUCUCUUCAGCUGAGAACCGGGGUCAGCGGAUUCAAGAAUUGGCUAAGCGAUAACCCUGAGCCUGGCGGUCUGGCCUGUUGGGGGGUUAAACGCAGAACAUGA